AUGGCACCCUGGGACACCACAAUGAGCGCCACAACCUCCCUCCUCAAGCGUGACUCGGGCUCCUCUCGCUUUUCUCUCUACGUCUUUGUCAUCAUCGUCGGCUGUGUAGCCGUGGUGCUCAUCGGCUUCGGUAUCUGGACAAUGUAUCACGGCCUCGACGACGAGAACAACCACGACAUUCCUUUUGAACAGAGAAAAUACAUGCGCGAGGUCCGGCAACGGAACAUCAAUGGACUGGCUGUUGCAGCUAGGAGACCUGAUAUGAUUAUUCCGGUUGAGGAGUUGAAUCAUUGA